AUGGACGUGCCCUGGUCCUUGGGAUUGAUUCUGUUCCUCUUGGGGACCCCCCUCACCCAUGCCGAGCCACUAUAUAUCCUGGUGACCCCCCGAGUCCUGCGGGUCGGCAGCCCUGAGGACAUCCACGUACAGGCUCACUCGGACUCCAGGCAGCCCCUUACUGGGACCCUCGAGGUGAACCUCACUGUGUGGGACUUCUUCAUGAAGAAGACAUUGGUGGCUAAAAGACAGCUCAUUCUCUCACCAGAAAACCACUUUAUGUGCAAGGCGUCUGUGACAAUUCCCGAGAGCCUGGUAUACCCCCCACAACCAGGGCAGCAGCAUGUCAUCAUUUGGGCAACCUGGGCCCCCACCUCCACCUCCUCAUCUAUGAAAAAGGUUGUGCUGGUGGCUCCCCAUGCUGGCUACAUCUUCAUCCAGACAGACAAGACCAUCUACACCCCUGAGCAUAUAGUUCAAUACCGGGUGUUCACUGUGAACCACAAGAUGGAUCCUGUGACCAGGACAUUCACUCUGGACAUCAAGAACCCAGAAGGGAUCACCGUGAUCAGCCAGGAUCUUCUGGCCAAUGGAGGUUUCUUCUCGAGCUCCUUCUACCUCCCAGAGCUCAUCAGUCUUGGGACCUGGAGCAUCGAAGCCAGUUACCAAAGUGCAGCCAAACAGAAGUUCAAAGCGACCUUUGACGUGAAGGAGUAUGUGCUCCCUUCUUUUGAGAUCCGGCUAAUCCCAAACAAGACCUUCUUCUACCUCAGUGAUGAAGCUCUGAGUGUGGAAAUCCAAGCUUGGUAUAUAUUCAACAAGCCAGUGGACGGACAUGCUCUAGCCAUCUUUGGGGUAAAGCUGGACUCCCGCCGGAUCCUCAUUCAAAGUUCCCUGCAGAGGGUGGAGAUCUCUAAAGGCCAGAGUCACGUCUCCCUUCAAAAGGACAUGCUGAUGGCCGCAUUCCAAGGUCCAGAAGAGGACUUCAUAGGGGCCUCAAUCUUUGUCAACGUCACCGUGUUCUCCUCAGGGGGUGAGAUGGUCCAGGCCGAGACCUCAGGGGUGAAGAUUGUCCGGAGCCCAUACAACAUCAAGUUCAUCAGGACACCCCAGUAUUUCAAGCCGGGGAUGCCCUUCCAUGUUAGGGUCUUCGUCUCAAAUCCUGAUGGGUCCCCAGCCUCCAAAAUCUUCGUUCGCUACCAAGACCAGAAAAAGCGCACCACAGACAGUGGGGUAGCCAUUCUGACCAUCAACACAGAUGAAAAUAUGAAGCAGCUCCCUCUUCUGGUGGAAACUGAUGAAGCUCUUCGGCCAGAGGAUCAGGCAUCAGCCAGGAUGACGGCUUGGCCUUACUCAACUCAGAAUGGCUCAGGGAACUUCCUGCACAUUGAGGUGAAGACAUUUGGCACAGAAGUUGGCAGCCACCUCCAGUUGAGCCUCCACACAAAGCAUGAGAACCCUGCAACCGAGGAGCAGAUCACUCACUUCACCAUCCUGGUCCUGAGUAAGGGUCAUAUUGUGUCUGCCAAUAAUCAGUUAAGAAGUCAUGGGAGUGUCUACACAUCAACCAUUAUUGAUGUGACUUCAGAGAUGCUGCCCUCCUUCCGCAUCCUGGCUUUUUAUCUACUGCCCAGAGGAACUGGCCAGGACCCUGAACUGGUGGCUGAUUCCAUAUGGAUCGAUGUGAAUGACAGAUGUAUGGGGACGCUGAAGGUUGGCUUAAAAAAUGAAGACGACUUCAAUUCUUUGGAACCCAACAGCCAGGUGGAAAUAAAGGUGACAGGUGAUGCAGAAGCCACAGUGGGGCUGGUGGCCGUGGACAAGGCUGUCUAUGUUUUGAACAGUAAACACAAGCUCACACAAAAGAAGGUCUGGGAUGUGGUGGAGGAGCAGGACAUUGGCUGCACUGCAGGCAGUGGGAAAGACAGGCUUGCUGUGUUCAAGGAUGCUGGGUUGGACCUGAAGAUGAGCACAGGCAUGGACACCCAGGCAAGCUUAGACUGGCACUGCCCCCAGAGCCCGCCUCCCAGCCGCCGCCGCCGCCGCUCCCUGAAGACUAUGGAGACCAAGAGGAAUGCAGUGAACAAGUUCCAGACAGGGCUGGAGCAAAAGUGCUGUGAGGCUGGACUCCGGGAGAACCCAGUGGGGCUGUCAUGUGAGGAGAGGAUCCGGUAUGUCCGCCAUGGGCCAGCCUGUGUCGCUGCUUUCCUGAGCUGCUGCCAUCUGUCUGAAGCCCUGACUCGGGAGGCCCGGGAGGAUCAGCUGCUUCUGGGGACAAUGAAUGAAGAGGAAGACUUUGAAGACAUCUUUGAUGACCUGCCUGUCCGGACCUUGUUCCCUGAAAGUUGGCUCUGGAGGAAAUUUACUCUGCCCAAAAAUGGACAGCGGAGCAUCUCCCACUACAACAUUCUUGUGAACAUGCCAGAUUCCAUGACCACGUGGCAGUUUGUGGCCAUCAGCCUCAAGGCUGGACAAGGUCUCUGCAUCUCAGAACCCUUUGAGCUGAUAGUAAGGAAAUCGUUCUUUGUGGAUCUUAAGCUGCCCUUCUCUGUGGUCAGGAAUGAGCAGGUCCAGAUCCAAGCUGUGCUGUACAAUUUCAUGAACCGCCAGGUCAAGGUCCGCGUGGAGUUCCCCCACAAGGAGCCACUGUGCAGCGCAUCAAAGCCAGGAACCCCAUUCCGCCAGGUGGUGGUCAUACCCCCCACCUCCUCCAAGAUGGUGCCUUUUGUGCUUCUCCCACUUGAGAUAGGCAAAGUGGAUGUGGAGGUCAAGGUCGUGGGCAAUGGGAUCCAGGACCAUGUGAAGAAGACACUCUUGGUCCAGGCAGGGGGGCAGAUAGAAAAAAUAUCCCAUAGCAUCGUUCUGAAUCCUCAAGGUCAGACCCAGGUGGAGCUGGUGCCAAGAGCAGACUUUUCGAACAAGGUGCCCAAUACGAAGGCAGAAGUUUUUGUCAGCGUCCAAGGUGACAUCCUUGGCGAGACCAUCUUGGGCAGCCUGACUUCUAAAGAAACACAUAAGCUGCUUAGUCUCCCGACUGGCUGCCCCGAGCAGACGCUGAGCAAAUUGACACCUGUGAUCAUCCUGACCCGAUAUUUGGAUGCCACAGGCCAGUGGGCCAAGGUUGGGGUGGAGCACAGGGACCAAGUGAUGCAGAACAUUGUCAGCGGAUAUACUCAGAUGCUGACCCACCGGAGCGCGGACGGCACCUACCACAUCCACAAGGGAAACCCGGGAAGCACCUGGCUCACGAGCUAUGUGUUCCGAGUUUUCUCCCUGGCCUACUCCACCAUGACCUCCAGCGUGAUUGACCUGCACUCUCUCUGUGACAUGGCCAAGUGGAUCACCACCCAGAGGCAGGCAGAGGACGGGCACUUCUUGGAGAAGGGCCCCAUAAUCAUGGCGUCCAUGCAGGGUGGCUACCGAGGCUCUGAGGCAGACGUAUCUCUCACAGCUCUUGUUCUGAUCGCCCUGAAUGAAGGGAAGGAGUUAUGCAGCCAAGACAUACCGAGUUUGAUUGCCAGCAUGGAGAGAGCCCGUGGCUUCCUGGAGAAACGCCUUCCUGACAUCCAGACAACCUUUGCCAUAGCCAUAGUCUCCUAUGCACUGGCCCUCACCAAGAGCCCCCGAGCCAAUGACCACCUGGACAACUUUGCCAGCCAUAACAAAAACCACUGGCCAGUAAAGGACAGGGACUGGAACUCCCUGUACACCAUUGAGGCCACUGCCUAUGCGCUGAUGCAGAAGCUGGAGCUGGGUCUGCAUAAUGAAACUCACGCCAUUGCCAAGUGGCUGCUGGAGCAGCGGGAGCAGGGAGGAGGCUUCAAGUCCACCCAGACCACAGUGGUCGCCAUAGAAGCUCUCACCCGCUUCCGUAAAGCUGUCCCCUUCAAGGAUGCCCAGGAUCUCCACGUCCAGAUCAGCGCCCCCAAUAGAGCCUUGAACGUGGAGUGGGUCAUCAAUCAGAAGAACGCUUACCAGCAGCGAAUAGCAAAGUUUUAUUCUCAAGAUGAUCUAGAGAUCAAAGCCAGUGGCAGCGGGAGAGGCACCAUCUCGAUCCUGACCAUGUACCACAGGUCCCCAGACUCCUGGGAGGACACCUGCAACCUAUAUUACCUGAAUGCUACUCUUCACGAUGCCCCAGAGGAAAACAAAAAGGGGGAAGAGACCUUCCAACUCCGGAUGGAAACAAGGUUCCAGGGUGAUCGAGAGGCCACAAUGACCAUCAUGGAGGUGUCCCUGCUCACUGGCUUCUACCCCAACCAUGAUGACCUCAAACAGCUCACAAAUGAUGUGGAGACCUAUGCUUUCCAGUACGAGACUAAGAUGAAAUCCAGCGACAGCACUGUUGUCCUCUACCUAGAGAAGCUCUCCCACAAGGAAGACACGGUGCUGGGCUUCCGGGUCCACAGGAUGCUGCAGGCGGAGUUCCUGCAGGCAGCCCAGGUCAAGAUCUAUGACUACUACGAGCCUUCCCGGAGGUGCAGUUCCUUCUACAACCUGCCCACAGAGCAAUCUGACCUGCGGAAGAUCUGCCACAAAGAAGUCUGCAGAUGUGCUGAGGAACUGUGCCCAACCCUGAGGAAGGACAGCAGCUGGCCGAGGCAGGAAGAGCUCCAGGAGGUGGCCUGUGAGGCAGGCGUGGACUUCGUGUACAAGGCCAGACUGGAGGCUGUAGAGGUCUCUGGCUCCAACCCCUACAUCUACUUCAACAUGCAGCUCCAAGCCAUCAUCAAAAGUGGCACAGAUACUGCUGCCAUGCCACUCACCAUGAAGAAAUUUGUCACCCAUGCCACCUGUCAUGACUCCUUGGAGCUGCAAGAACAAGAGACAUACCUCAUCAUGGGCCAGACAUCAGACCUAUGGAAAGUCAAAUCUGAUUACACUUAUGUCCUGGGCAAGAAGACCUUCCUCCUGCAUUGGCCAGUGAAUGGGGACGUGGAAAAGAAGGAAUUGCUGAGCCAGCUGGAGGAAUUUUCAGAAUACCUGGGCACCCAUGGCUGCAAGUCCUGA